ACCAAAAAUGAAAAAUUCCCUUUUAUGAGCUUUCCAAAUUCUUCUCUUUCCUCAGCCGAGGUACAAUUACUGAAUUACAUGACAUGUCUCAAAUUCCCUCAUUUCUGGCUUUCUGCAAUCCUCAUCACUAAAAUCACCAUUUCCAUGGCUUACCUAAGACCCAUCUGCUGCUCCUCCAUUUGCCCUUCUCAUGCUCUUCUCUCUCCUCUCUCACUCACCCACCACUUCCAGAUUAUGAUUACAACCAAUAAAAGACUACAUUUUUAACCCCCUUUUUCUUUCAGCUUUUGCAAUACUAAUUUGUACCCUUCUCAUGUUUUCUCAAUUUAAGCUUCUAAAGUUCCAAUUUUCCAAAAUGACCAAAAAUAUGGGUGCCCAUCUCAUUUUUUUGAUGAUUUGUAGCAGAAAAUAAUGUCAAAAUCAAGUCUAUUUACAUUUGUGAGGGGAUUUUUACUGGGAACCCACCUUGAAUUCUUAUGAUCUGGAUGUAAUACUCUUGAUCUUUUUGUUGUUGUAAAGUAUGUAUGCAUUUGGGAGCAUUACCCAUGUUUUAAAUUUUUUUUACUUCUGUUUAUUCACUUUCAGCUGGGAUUUAAUUGGGGCUUCUAGGGUUUAACAUUGUAGGGUUUCUGGUAUAAUUUGGGGAAUUACCCCCUAUUUGUUGUAGGUUUUGUUAUAGAUUAUUGUAUUAUUAUAGCUAAUUGGAGACAAAAUUUGUUUGGGCUCGGCAGUGUAAUUUUCUGCCCCUGAGAGGUUGUAAUUAGAGUUUGUGUGAGGGAUUUGAUUGAUACUGUGAGCUUUCUUCGGGCGAAUGGCGGAAAUCGUUGUAAAUUUUGUGGAAUGGAAGGAGGAAUUUGUGUCUCAAGAAAGAGGCAGCCGGAUUGUUCAUUAUGUAUUGAAAGAUUCUUGUGGGAAAUCUGUACUUGCUGUGGUGGGCACUGAGAGGAGUCUUAGGCACAUGGUUUAUGUUGUUGCUGAGGAGUUUUUAAGUUAUUCUGGCACUGAUAAUCCUGUACAAGCUGGCUUUAAAUGGAGAUCAAGAAGGGAGGUGGUUGACUGGCUUACAUCUAUGCUAGCUAGGCAGCAACAAGCAGAUUCUCCAAGUGGUGAUUCAACCCAUUCUUUAGGAUCUUCUGAGUUAUUAAGUGCUCGGUAUUUCACAGCAGAUAAAAUGGAUUGCCGGGUUCGUAACUUGAAGCAGUCCUACUCAGAUAUUGUGUGGUUAGGUGCUGCAUGGACUUGUGGAAAGCAGCUAAAACACUACCCCUCGUUUUGCAGGAAUGGCAUUACUAUAGCAGUUCAAGCAUUUGUAUUUGUGAUGGCUAAAGAGGGAAGUCGAUAUGUUGCCUAUCUAGAGGAUAUGUAUGAAGAUAAGAAGGGCAUGAAGAAAGUUAAAGUAAGAUGGUUUCAUCACAGCCAAGAAGUGAAGGGUAUAGUUCGUAUACGGAAUGCUCACCCUAAGGAAGUUUAUAUUACACCGUACACGCAGGUGAUAAGUGUUGAGUGUGUUGAUGGUCCAGCUAUAGUCUUAACCCGUGAGCAUUUUGAAAAAUGCUUAGAAGGCCUUCCAGAAGGUUUACUGGGAAAGCUACAUCUUUGCUGUCGUCAGUUUAGAAGCAAUAAAGUUAAACCGUUUGAUUUAAGAAAGUUGCGGGGUUAUAACAAUCAGCCUGUUAUUUCUUGUUUAGAGUCUGAAAGCUUUCUGAAUUCCAACUCUGUACAGCGUGGGGUGAUUGGGAAUAGAGCUAAGAUGUUUGGAUCAGGUGGUAAUGUAGCGAAAGGGACUAAGAGAACUAGGAAUUAUGGGGAUAGAGAAAGCUUUUUGACUAGUCAUGGUGCGGAAGGCCUUGAAAGGAAGAAAUUUGUACGUGUACCAUUUUCUAAAAAUGGUAAUUCUGAUGCUUGCGCUAAAAGGUUGCUUUCUUUCAAAAAUGGGGAAUUCCAGCGGUCGCAAAUCCAGUUCUUUAAGGUAGAUGACAAAAUAGAGCUGCUGUGCCAGGACAGUGGCAUCCGAGGCUGUUGGUUUAUAUGUACUGUCUUGGAGAUAUCUCGAAAGCAUAUGAAAUUGCAAUAUAGGGAUCUGGAGGACCAGGAUGGAUACGGAAACCUUGAGGAAUGUGUUCCAGCUUUUAGGUUGGCUGCACCAGAUAAGCUUGGCAUGCGAUGUCCUGGACGUCCUACUAUCAGGCCAUGCCCUCCCAUCAGCGAUUCGGUGGAUGUUGAAUUUGAGGUUGGAGCUCCUGUGGAUGCAUGGUGGAGCGAUGGCUGGUGGGAAGGUGUUGUUACUGCAGUGAAGAAGACUGCCACAGAUGAUGUUCAGGUUUAUGUUCCAGGGGAGAACAAAUUUAUAGAUGUACCUAGAAAGGAUCUAAGAGUUUCCCGAGAUUGGUUGGGUGGAAAAUGGGUGGAUGUUAAGGCAAACCCUAAUAUACUUCUGGAUAUCAAAGCUGAAACUAAACAAUCUAUAGUCACAAGUCUCUCAACCCUUGGGAAGGAUGGUGAUGAUGAUUCUGCCCUAAAAAUUAAAGACGGUGGAAAUGAGGAUAAAUUAGCCGAGUUGGCUGGUCCAGCCUCUUCUGCCGGCCAUCCUGAACAAGUUUCCUCUUCUGACAAAGAUGAUGUCAAUGACAAAAGUAAUGAUGUCAGUAUUCAGGAUAUGUGCUGUAAUGGGGAUGAUCAGAAUGUUGGGGUCAAUAAUAAUGAUGGUGGUAAGGAGGGUGAAUUGGGUACUGAUGAAGCUUUGGAGCUUCAAGAUAUGUGCUGUGAUGUUGAUGACAAGAAUGAAAAUAAGGAGGGUGAAUCUGGUACUAAUGACUUGGAAACUAAGGAUGAUGAAGCUUUGGAACUUACUGAAGUCAUGAGUUUUCAAGAUAUCUGCUGUGAUGGUGAUGAUAAGAAUGACAGCAAAGAUAAAAAUGAUGACGUGGAAACGGCUGAUGAAGCUACGGAACUUACAGAUGUCCCUCAAACUUGUUAUUGUACAAAACUAGUGUAGAUUUUCCCUGUAAAGAGCGCGAUCGAGGUGAUGUUGAUGGCAUUUGAUCAUCCAAGGUGUACAGCAAUUAGGUGAGUCGGGUUCCUUUCUAGGAAAUUCCUUUUAUCAAAUUUUAGCCGUUUCAGAGUCCCUUGUAAGCGGAUUACAUCUUGCUUAUGUUUCCUGUUGUAAUGUUAUGGUGAACGUCGACUGAUCAAGUGUGUUGCAAAUUUCUCUGUUUUUGGAGGCUAGAGUAAAUGAAUUGGAAGGUAAUAUUCCAUUUCUUGA